CUCUGACCCUCCUUCAGCAAACAUUCUCUCUCUGACUGUUUUCUGUUUCAGGUCUGUAUGGAGUAUCUGAAGGACAGCAACAUGCUCUUCAUUGGGGGGCUGAUGGUGGCCAUUGCUGUUGAACACUGGAACCUACACAAGCGCAUCGCCCUGCGGGUCUUGUUAAUCGUUGGGGUCAGACCAGCCCUGCUAAUGAUGGGCUUCAUGUCUGUGACUGCGUUCCUGUCCAUGUGGAUUAGCAAUACUGCCACCACUGCCAUGAUGAUACCAAUAGCCCAAGCUGUACUGCAGCAGCUGCACGAGUCACAGCAGGAGACCAGUCCAGUGGGGCAUGUGGCUGAGAGCAUCAACAAAGCCUUCGAGCUGCAGGAGGUGCCAGAUAAAGCAGAUGCCUCUCAAGAGACCCCAAAACAAGAUAACGGACAUGUGCUCACAGUGGUGGAGGAGGAGAAACUGAAAGAUGUGAAGCAGCUGGAAGAGGAGAAGCACCUGACAUUUUCCAAGGGAAUGAGCCUCUGUGUUUGUUAUGCGGCCAGUAUUGGAGGGAUCGCAACCUUGACUGGUACUAGCCCCAACCUGGUGAUGAAGGGACAGAUGGAUGAGCUCUUUCCUCGCAAUAACAAUGUGGUGAACUUCGCUUCCUGGUUCACGUUUGCUUUCCCUACCAUGAUACUGUUGCUGGCUCUUUCCUGGAUUUGGCUCCAGAUAAUGUUCUUGGGAUUUGACUUUCGGAAGAAUUUUGGUUGCGGAGCUAAUGCGUCUAUGAAGGCAAAGCAGAAAAUGGCUUACAGGAUUAUCAAGGAUGAGCACAAGAAGCUGGGCCCCAUGAGAUUUUCAGAGAUAGCUGUCACAGUCCUCUUCUUAUUAUUGGUGGUGCUUUGGUUUACCAGAGACCCUGGGUUCAUGCCAGGCUGGGCAACUAAUGUCUUCAACAAGAAUGGCAAAAGUUAUGUGACUGAUGCAACAGUUGUCAUCUUCAUUUCACUUCUGAUGUUCCUAAUCCCUUCAGAGAUCCCCACCUAUCUAUGUCAUAAUAGGGCUCAGCAAGCGCCACAACAAGAUAGCACAAGGAAGAUUCCAGUGCUCCCUGCUCUCUUGGACUGGAAGACGGUUAAUCAGAAGAUGCCCUGGAACAUUGUGAUUUUGCUGGGAGGUGGCUUUGCCCUGGCCAAAGGCAGUGAGGAAUCUGGUUUGUCUGUAUGGUUAGGUAGCAAACUGACCCCUUUGCAGAAUAUCCCAUCUCCCGCUACUGCUUUGCUGUUAUGUCUCCUGAUUGCCACUUUCACCGAAUGCACCAGUAAUGUGGCUACCACCACCCUCUUCCUUCCUAUACUGGCUUCCAUGGCUCAAGCCAUCUGCCUCAAUCCGCUCUACGUCAUGCUGCCAUGCACACUCUCCGCAUCAUUGGCAUUCAUGCUCCCAGUGGCUACUCCUCCCAAUGCCAUUGCCUUCUCCUAUGGACAGCUCAAGGUUAUUGACAUGGCUAAAGCCGGGAGUGUUCUCAACAUCUUGGGUGUCCUGACAAUCAUGCUUGCCAUAAACACCUGGGGCUACUCCUUGUUCGAUUUGAAUCAAUUUCCAGUAUGGGCAAACAGCACGUCAGCAGCUUCCUGUUACUAAUACAGAUGGACAAUGAAACCAAUAGCGGUGUCUGAUGGAGCAGUAUUGUUCACUCUGACCAGCAGCACCAUCUACUCAAGCUCUGGUGAUGUACUGGACCAGACACAACAUCUAGAAACAAAGUCACCCAGAUGUUAACAGCAACACAAUUAUCUGACUCUUCUGCUGUAUGCAAAAGAUAUAUCCUUGUGCUGUGCAACCCUUGCUGGGGUCCCAGGCUACCUCUCUCUCGAGAACCAGUGGGAAAUUUUCCCCAGUAUCAGGCACAUCCAUCGACUCUCAGAUUUUGCCUGCAAAUUCAGUGUUUGUUUUGAGUGUGCAAGAAGAGGAAAGGAAAUGUGACAGAGAAGUGUAUGUAAGAGGUUGGAGGGAGACAUUUGCACCUGAUGUUGUGUAUGCAACUGUGUGUGUUUGAAACCUCUGUUUGUAGGUACAGACCUCUCUGUGUAUGUGUGCUUGUGCAUGGGCAUGGUGAACAUAAAACGGUAAGUGUGAUCUGCAAGCACUCCGGCAAUGUAUGUAUUGUAACAGUUAUGGACAAAUCAAAACACUAUCUAGCCCAUUCUAUUUCUCUGUAAUUUAUUUAUUUUAAAUUCACUCUGUAGUUGAAGUUCAUAAGAGCUUCUGAAAGUAAGAGGCUGUUUUCACUAGAAUAUCAAUCCUAUGACUAUUUAUGGAGGCUCAAAAACUGUGCAGGGGUAGUCUAUUUUUUUG